AUGGACGCGCUGAGGUUUCUGGGCGGCGUCCGGCCCGCCGCGCCGCCGCAGCCCCCCUCGGUGGCGCCGCCGCCGGCGCAGCGGCAGCAGCAGCAGCAGACGCGCGCCGCGAUGCCGCGCAUGUGGCCGCGCGGCGAGGAGGCCGGGGCGAGGCCCGACGCGGAGGAGCGGAGGCAGGGCAACUGGGUGCUGCAGAUGCUGAGGGUGCAACCCAGGUGGGCGGAUCAGGCGGACGCGGAGGCGGCCGGGGCCGGCGGGGGAGGCGGUCGCGGAGGGCAGGAGGACGAGUCGCCGGACGUGUCCGGGGCCGAGAGGUGCGCGUCGUGCGGCGGCGGCGGCGGGGAAGAGGAGGAGGAAGGCUGCGCCGUCGGGGCGGACGAGGGCGAUGGCGAGGUGUUCGACCGCGCGUCCUUCUCGAGGCUCCUCCGGAAGGUGUCCAUCGAGGACGCCAAGGAGUACUCCAGGAUGUCCUACCUCUGCAACAUCGCCUACAUGAUCCCCAAAAUUCAGCCAAAGUGUCUCCGCCGGUACAGCUUGCAGUUUGUGACAACAUCAGUGCAAGAGAAGGACAGAGCUAAUCCUGAUAGGAAACAGGAUCAGAGCACUGAGAAAGGUGGAUCUCCAGAUGAAAAACCUCGAGUUGUCAAGAAUGCUGCGUCGGGGAGCAAGGAGGAAGAAGGAAACGGCCCGGCGAUAAACCCUUUUGGAGCAUACCAAGUCAUGUCAUCUGCUGCCUCAUAUUUACAUUCACGGGCCAUGGGCAUCAAUCCCUUUGGUUCCAGGACUAAUGGCAAGAAUGAUCCAACAACCAUCAUGGCCAUGGUGAGUGGUGAGAAUGGUGAAGGUUUAACCUUGGACGAAGCCUCAUUUGUGGCCACAACAAAUUCAGUAACUUCCAUGGUUGCUGCCAAGGAAGAAACAAGACAAGCUGUUGCAGAUGAUCUCAAUUCUUCAAGAUCCUGUCCCUCUGAAUGGUUUAUUUGCGAUGAUGAUCAAGGCAGCACAAGAUACUUCGUAGUUCAGGGCUCGGAGACGAUCGCUUCUUGGCAGGCCAAUCUACUAUUUGAACCAGUCAAAUUUGAGGGACUCGAUGUACUUGUCCACAGGGGAAUAUACGAAGCUGCCAAAGGGAUGUAUCACCAAAUGCUGCCGUAUGUCAGAUCACACUUGAGAAACUAUGGUAAAUCCGCAGAAUUGCGAUUCACUGGCCAUUCUCUUGGUGGGAGUCUGGCUUUGCUUGUGAAUCUAAUGUUACUGAUGAGAGGACAGGCACCUGCUGCAUCAUUGUUGCCUGUAAUAACGUUCGGUGCCCCAUGCAUCAUGUGUGGCGGUGACCACUUACUCCGUAAACUCGGGUUGCCGAAGAGUCAUGUGCAAUCAAUCACAAUGCAUCGGGAUAUUGUUCCUCGAGUAUUUUCGUGCAAUUAUCCUGAUCACGUCGCCAACAUUCUGAAGCUCGCCAAUGGAAAUUUCCGCAGUCACCCAUGCCUUACAAACCAGAAACUCUUGUAUGCCCCAAUGGGGGAAGUCCUCAUCUUGCAGCCGGACAAGAGGCUCUCCCCGCACCACCACCUUCUCCCACAGGACAGUGGCAUCUACUACCUGGGCGAUUCAGCAGGCAUCUCCCUGAAACUGCUCCAAUCCGCCGUGUCGGCCUUCUUCAACUCCCCACACCCGUUGGAGAUCCUCAAGGACGGCGGCGCCUACGGCCCCAAGGGCACGGUGUACCGCGACCACGACGUGAACUCGUACCUGCGGUCGGUCCGCGGCGUGGUGCGCAAGGAGGUGCGGCGCCUCCGGGAGGCGGAGCGUGAGCGGUGGCAGCUCCUCCUGUGGUGGCCGCUGGCGGUGCACGGCGUGCUGGCCACCGGCAUUGGCGGCUGGGGGAGGUGCGGCGAGCUGGCGGACGCGGUGGCGCGGGGAGGGAAGGAGACGGCGAGGCAGGUCCAGCAGCACGCCCGGCUGCUGGGGCUGUUCCUGCUGCCGGUGAAGCUGCUCGUGCUCGGGGCUCUCCUGGCCGUUAGACUGAGGUGAUAGAUGACGGUGAUGAUGAUACGUAGUUCGUUUCGUUCGUUUGCACAGCGAUAGCAUUACAUGAUUCUUUUGUCCGAGCCGGGACGCCAAGCAGACACCUGUCGUGAUCAGAAUGCUCGGAUGCUUCCUUUUCUUUAAGAUCGAUCCAUCAGCAAAGCGUGUGUAUAACAGAUUAACAUGAAGCCUCAGAUUAUAGAAAAGCCCCAUCAGCAAGUUCUCUCAAA